AUGUUUGUCGGUGCGGAGCGCACUUCUCCGCAAGGAGAUUCUGACGGUCAUGUCGACCUCAAUCGACGGCCGCAUCUGGGACAACAGGAGGGGGCAUCCGCCAAUCGGAAGUGCAAAGCGGCGGGCGUGCCAGUCCCUGGACAGCUACGACGCUACGAAUAUCUUACCAAGAAGAGCUGGCACGUCCGGAACAAGGAUACCGUCGCCUGCGUGCGGCGUGACGAGGCCCAGGCCCGGGAGGAGGAGAAGGAGCGUGAGCGGAGGGUGCUGCUGGCUCAGCAAGAGGUAAGCUCAGAGGCCAGCCGGGCGACCCCCGAUGAUUUGAACUCACUGCCUGAGCUUAGCAGAGGCGUGGAAAGCCCAAGUUCUGGCCCUCCUGUGGACUCGGUUUCUGGAGUUGCUGGGAGGAAGGAAAGAGUGAUCAGAGGCAAUAAAGAGUACUUAUAUAAAGAAAAGCGACAGGAGAAAAGGCAAGAGAAAGCUCUGGGGCAUCCUGACGUACCUGGCCAGAGUGCAGCAGAGGUACAGACUCAACCCCCUUGGUACCAGCCCCCGGAGCGAGGGGGCUCUGCCCGCCCAGCCCCAGAUGAGAAGAUCAAGAGCCGGUCUGACCUUCUCGAGAUGCAGAAGCAUCUGGGGAAGAAGAGACAGCACAGCGGUGAAGGCAAUUGCAGCAGAAAGGAAAAGAAGGAGGGGUCUGAGAAGCAGCGACCCAAGGAGCCUCCAUCCCCUGACCAGCUUCGAGCUGAACGUGUUCGGAGGGAAGCAGCUGGAGAGGCUCGGGCAGAGCGGCUGGCCCGGGUCCAAGGCCGGGCACCACAGGAGGGUCAGCAAGAAGAGACAGAUGACCGGAGGCGGCAAACAACUCCCCAGUUCCAACUCCCCCAGCUGGUCUCGGCGCCCGCCAGCAGGACUUCUCUACUUUGCUCAUUGACUCCUGAGGGGGUACAGGAGAGGCCAUGCCAGGGGCCGGCCAUAUAA